GAAAACUAAAUUAAAAUAUUUCCAUUAGUUGAAAAAUUAUAUUUCUAACGAACAAUGUAUAUUAGAAAAUAUGUCAAAACAUGACCUGGAGAUCGGAGAGUAUAAAGGAGAUAUGUUGGAUGGGGUACCGAAUGGAACUGGAGAAUUAUUCUACAAAGAGAAUGACCCCAUGGAUAGAUGCAGUUAUAUAGGAGGUUGGAAGGGAGGCAGACAAAACGGAAAUGGAAUAAUCAAAUUUAAUUCUGGAGAUAUCUACACUGGAGAAUUCGAGGAUGGAGUCCCGAAUGGAGCUGGUACCUUUACAUACAAUAAUGGAGAUAAGGAAGAAGUUAUAAUGGCGAAUGGAGUAAGGCAUGGAAGAUCUAAGUUUUCAUCUGCUGAAGACGAAACUGUUGAAGAGAUCAUGUUCUGGGAAGGAGAAGCUAGGGGCCCCAGUAAACUAUUAUAUCCAGAUGGUAGCUUUGAGGAACGAGUUUAUGCAGAUGGAGAGAAGAAUGGAGAGGCACGUUUAGUUGGAGCGCAAGGGGAUGUUUUCAAAUUUGUUUACAAGAAAAAUAUUUUAAACGGACCUUCACAGUACACUUGGGCCAGUGGCAGAUAUGAAACUGUAGAUUAUGUUGAUGGUAUGAGAGAAGGGCCGGGUCUUGAAGUAGGUGUUGACGGGGAAAGAGAGGAGAGAAUGUGGGUGAAUGGAGAACUGACCGGUCCAGCUGUUCUCACAGGUAAAACUGGAGAUAAGCUUGAGUUCAAUUAUAUAAAAGGAAUUAGGUCUGGUCCUGCUACUUACACAUUUGCUGAUGGUUCCAUAGAGAUAAGCAUAUAUGAAAACGGAGAACAAACCGGUCCUGCUAAAUUAAUCUGGCCAAACGGUGCAACAAGAGAAGGCGUGAAGGUGAAUGGAAAGUGGAAUGGAGAUUGUAUUUAUACUUUUACCGAGGGACCUAGGGCUGGGAAAAGGGAUUUGGAAAAGUGGCAGAAUGGUGAGCUGCUCUCCACUCAGAAAUAUUAUGGAAAAGAACAGACAUCUGUGGAGAACUGGGAGGAUUUGAAGAAACUGGAUGAAAUAACUCAAUCUUGUGAUAAUUUUAUGCAUCAGUUGUAGCCUGUAGGCUAAAAGGAUUUAAGUCUUUGCGACAAACCAAACAUUUUUUAUAUUUCAAACAUAAAUUAUUUUAUCUAAAAAGAUUUACAGUUUGAAAUAUCUAAGGUC